AUGGGGUUGCACCUAGUGGCUCUGGCGAAGGUGAAACUCCUAGGGGUUUCUAAGCUCCAUGGUGCACCAUUUGUAGCCAUCUUGGCAUGGCCAUUAUUUCUAAAAGUAGUAUUGAGUUUGAGACCUUUUCAAAAUCUUAUCAUGUCUGUGGCACAAGAGUCGAGGCUUUUUGUGUUUCAGUUGAACCAGAUAAUCGGUUUUCAAGCUGCUGGUAGAUCUAGAGCUGAUCAUGGAUUUGAUGGAAAUAGGAGAAGAUGGGAGCGAGUUAUCCGAUUAGUGCAGGAAAGGUUGCCGAAUGUUGGCCGGUCGAUGCCGUUUGAAGAUUAUGACCAAAGCUUGCAAGCUCUCUCGAUUGUAGCCUUUUGA